AUGUCGAAAUCCAAGUACUCUGCUGACAGCAUCUGGAAGAACACCCCCGAGAAGAUCAACACAGAGCUUUUCACGCUCACCUACGGAUCAGUGGUGGCUCAGCUUUGUAGAGACUUGAACAGCAACUAUGCUGAAGUCAACCGCCAACUUGAUAGAAUGGGAUACAACAUUGGGCUUCGUCUUAUUGAGGAGUUUUUGGCGAAGACUGGCGCCCAGCGGUGCCUGCUGUUCAAGGAGACAGCCGAAAUGAUCAGCAAAGUUGGUUUCAAGAUGUUCCUCAACAUCACGCCUUCUGUGGAGAAUUUCGGUGCCGACGGCAAGAGUUUUUCAUUGGUUUUCACGGAGAACCCGCUUGCCGAUUUCGUCGAGCUUCCUGUCACGCUGGACCCCAAGAUUCAAAAAGAGCUUUGGUACUCUCAGUUGUACUGUGGAGUGUUAAGGGGCGCUUUGCAGAUGGUGCAGCUUGACACGGAUGUGUUUUUCGUGAGAGACUCUUUGAGAGGAGACGACAAGACCGAGUUGAAGGUGAAGUUGAACAAGAUCCUCAAGGAUGAGGUGCCCGCUGGAGAGGAUUAA